UAAACGGGACUUCGCUGCAGCCUCUCCAAGCUACAGUGCGUCUUUGAGAUCGCACAGGCCUCAGGUUUUAAACCUGGUAAUUCACGUUAUUUGUAUUUAUCGCUGCCAGACAUGAGCGAUAACGAGAAAGACUAUGGCGCGAGAAAUAUUAAGAGGGUACGUAUUGACAUUUCAAAUGGCUGUUGACACGUAUAUUGCUUAUUUAAGAAUACAUAUUCUAUAUUUCAAUACGUGUAGGCCUGCAGCGUUCUGGUGGCUAAUUCGGCUAGUUGGCUAAAACAUGCGACGUAGAAAGAAAGACAACCUUGUUUGUUAAACGUUUUCUGUAUGCGUAGAUUGUCGUAUGAACCAAAAAACUGUAACGCCGUGAUUGCCACGAAAGUUCGUGUUUGUACGUGACAUCUCUACGUCUUUGACGCUAGUGUCAGUCGUAGUCUCGCGGCCUCGCGCCCGAGCACGCAGCGCUGCAUGCCUUUGUGUCCGCGUUCUCACCUGGCUGCAGCGUUGCAGGCCAGUGACGUGAAGGUGUAGCUUUAACACGCCCAUAUUAUAUCGAUUGUCUGUGUCACUUUUUUUUUAAUGAAAAUUUCGUCAUAGAUUAGCAGCCAUGACUUGUUUUUUUUUUUUUUAAAGUUGGUUCAUUUCAGAUUCCUUUGCGGAGAAAGUGGGCCAUUUUAAUUACCCGUUUAAUGUUUUUUCAUAUGGUGGUGUGUUUAUUUGUAUUUGGAUAAACGUAAACAAACGGCAUUAUAAAUUGUGUACUUUGCGUCCCCAGCGGCCUUGCUGGGUUAUUUAUAGAUAUGUCAGUGACCAUCAUGUUAAAGACAUUGAACAGGUGUCGCGGGCCCUUGAAUGUAAAUGAUUUUAAGUUUAAACGGAAGCCCUACAGUGUUAUUAUUUGGUCACAAAUGUUUAAACGUUUUUAACAUGUACUCAACAUUUCUGCAUUCUUGUACUCGAUAUUGAACAUUCCAUUGCAUGUUUAUGAGAAGUUUAUAUUAAGUUGAAUGAGGCUGCAAGUAUAAUUGUAGUCAUAUUCUUCAUCCUUUCUUUUUCAUUAAGGUUAAUGUUGGAAGAAGAGAAAUACGGAAGAAGUCACAUGUCAAGUUUAUGUUGCUUAAUAUGAAGCUCAGAUGUGUGCCACUGAAUUUGGGGAUGCAUGCUAAACAUGAGGAGGGAAGAAGUAUGGGAAGUGUGUGAGAUGGGGGAAGUAAGAAGAAAUGAGAAAUUUGAAGAAAGAAGAAUUUUAUGAAGAGUCGCGCUCUGCGUCCGGGAGCGCGAGUCCGCACGGCUCGGGGAAGUCCGCCAGCCGCUCCCCGGCGCGCUCCCCGGCCAACUCCAAGGAGGGCUCGCGCCACUCCCGGUCCAAGUCCCGCUCGCGCUCCAGGUCCAAGUCCGGGUCCCACUCCCACCGCGGCUCGCGGCGGCACUACAGCCGCUCGCGUUCCCGCUCGCGCUCCAACCGGCGGCGUUCCCGCAGCCGCUCCUACAGCGGCGAGAGACGGCGCCGCAGCCACAGCCGCUCGCCCAUGUCCAACCGCCGCAGGCACAUUGGCAACCGGGCGAACCCCGACCCCAACUGCUGCCUAGGCAUCUUCGGCCUGAGCUUGUACACGACAGAGAGGGAUCUACGAGACGUCUUUUCCAAGUACGGCCCACUGGCUGACGUCUGCAUCGUCUACGACCAGCAGUCCCGACGCUCCAGGGGCUUCUGCUUCGUCUACUUCGAGACAAGGGAAGAUGCAAAAGAGGCAAAGGAACGAGCCAACGGUAUGGAGUUGGACGGACGGCGGAUCAGGGUUGACUUCUCCAUCACGAAAAGGCCUCACACCCCCACCCCGGGUAUCUACAUGGGCCGCCCCACAUACGGCGGCGGCGGCGGUAGCAGUAGUGGUGGCAGCGGAGGAGGUGGAGGAGGAGGUGGUGAAAGGGGCAGCGGAGGAGGUGGUGAAAGGGGCAGUGGGGGUGAAAGGGGCAGUGGGGGCGAAAGAGGAGGUGGCGAAAGAGGAGGUGGCGAAAGAGGAGGCGGCGAAAGAGGAGGCGGCGAAAGAGGAGGCGGCGAAAGAGGAGGCGGCGAAAGAGGAGGCGGCAGCAGUGGCGGUGGAGGCGGAGGAGGCGGCCCCAGCGGUCCGAGGCGCUAUUCGCGCGACUACGACCGCGGCUACGACCGGGGCGACCGCGGCUACGACCGAGGAGGCUAUGAUCGCUACGACGACCGGGAGUACUACAACAACCGCUCGUACAGGAGGAGAUCGCCGUCACCGUACUACAGAGGAACGUACCGCUCCCGCUCCCGAUCCCGCUCCUACUCGCCUCGUCGUUACUGAACAGCAGCUCCUUGACUACAAAGUGUCCACUCCCUGUCCAAACCCACGGAUGAGUCGACCCGGUUUUGGUUUUCUUGAGACUAUUUUAUUUUAUGUAAAUGAGUUAUUAUAUUUGUAUGACUGUGCGACGAUUUGUCGGAAAUUUGUGUGUGUGUUUUAAAUGUUAAUUGUAUAGCCCCCCCACCUGACUUUUUGGUUGUUUUUGGUACAGUCGCUUUCGCAAGUGUGAGUGGAUUUAUAUUCUCAAGUCUUUUAUGUGAUUAAACAAAAACAGUCCA